AUGAGCGCCACGAAACAAGGAGCUACCGCGGUCCACGGUAGCAACCCCCAAUACCUGAUAGAGAAAGUCAUCCGUGCCCGUAUAUACGACUCCCUCUACUGGAAAGAACACUGCUUCGCCCUUACCGCCGAGUCGAUUAUCGACAAAGCUCUCGAGCUCCCAGCCAUUGGUGGCGUGACGGACAGGCAGACGCCGACGGCGUUCAUGUGUCUGCUCUUGAAGCUGUUACAACUACAGCCAGAGAAGGAGAUUCUGGUGGAAUAUCUUUUGGCAGAAGAGUUCAAGUAUCUGAGAGCCUUGGCAGCGUUCUAUAUUCGAUUGACGUUCAAGAGUCUGGAGGUGUACGAAAUACUCGAGCCGCUGCUCGCAGACUAUCGUAAACUGCGCGUUGCCCAUGCUGGUGGCUACUCUCUGACGACGUUUGACGAUUACAUUGACGAGCUUCUCACGCAAGAACGUGUGUGCGACACCAUUCUGCCACGUCUGACGCAAAGAUCCGUACUGGAAGAGGUGGAGGGGCUGGCGCCUAGAAAGAGUUUGCUCGAAACCCAAGAAGAAAGUAAAGGCCACCGAGGUCGCUCAAGAUCAAGGUCUCGCUCGCGCUCCAGAUCUUUGUCCGCCUCCCCUCCCCGCUACACCUCUCGCUCUCCUUCGCCCGCAUCAUCGACCUCUUCGCGAGGAGACAGAUUCGUCUCUCGUUCUCCUUCCCCGCCAUCGGGAUCAGAAGACGGAGGGGAAGAGGGCGAUACUCGCGACAGAUUCAUAUCAAAAAGUCCGAGUCUGUCGCCUGAUAGGGUUAUGGAAAUUGGGGCAGAGGAUGUGCUGGAAGGGGACGUCUAG